GGGUUGUCGUGGGCGUUUCUGCUCCUGUGUCUAUAAGUCAUGAAUUUUCUUGCGCAUUACAACUUUCUGUCGUAGGUUAGUGUGAGAGAAAGUCUGUACUGCCUGACUGAUGAAGGUUAAAAUCCUGUGACUUGUUAUAUUAGGCCAUGAAGGACGAAAAUCGUGGAAUACGGGUAAAGCCUGGAACUCCGUACCAGACCGCCCCAGCACUUUGAGUUUUAGAACGAAAAUCAGGAUCAUCUGCGGUCUCAAGUCUGUCUUCUUAUCACACGUUAGUGGCCGAAAGCUAUUUCGAUCCAUCAUAGACUUUAGACGAACUUCAUCACUACUGUUCAAGUUUGCAAAUAAAAUCAUGUGAACAGGGUUCACAGUCCAUGAAUGAAGACAAAUACCCGGGAAUCGGUUGAUUAUAACAAAGAAAUCUGUAACUGUGGCACAGCAGCUGUUUUGUUUUGUGGAAAUUUUCUGUGGACUUUGCUACCACAGGCCAGAUGUAAUGGACAGCAUCGGAAUUACUGACCAGCGUGUAGGAUCCGUGUUGUAUAGGCAUUAUCAUUUCGUGUUUGCACCAGGUAGUGAUCCAUGGCGCAUACAGUUUACAAAGAGUGUUACAGAUCGCUACAGAUCUAGGAAGCAGUGACCGGAAGGGGCAGCGUAGUAAAAAUGGAGGGCUGUAUUGUUGUGUGUUGUGCUCUCUCUCUUAAUCAUUAUGUAAUAUUUCUCGAAACUUAUGGUGAUCCUUUGUGAAAACGUGUGGGUCGUUUAAUGAAUUAUUAUUUAAUAUAUUAACAUAUAUUUUGUUUCUCAACCGUUAUGUCAAAAUACGAGCGAGAAUGUCAAGGUUUGGACGACCCACGAUUUCGAAUUUCUAUGACCCAACAAAUGGCAGCAUCAUGUACCGGAGCCCUAAUUACAUCAUUAUUGAUGACGCCAUUUGAUGUCGUAAAAAUUCGCCUUCAAGCUCAGCAAAAAACGCAACUUUCUAACAAAUGUUUCUUGUACUGCAAUGGGCUCAUGGAUCAUCUCUGUCCUUGUAUAAAUCCCAAUGGACCAGGUCAACCAUCUUCUCAGACAUCACAGUUUUGGUAUCACCGCCCUGGUCACUUCACUGGCACUAUGGACGCAAUUAUAAAGAUAGCCCGCAAUGAAGGACCACUGUCUCUGUGGAGUGGGCUAAGUCCAACAAUUGUGCUUGCUGUCCCUGCCACAGUUGUAUACUUUGUAACAUACGAGAAUCUUCGCCUCCUCAUCAAGGAUAGACAUGGUGGCGUACAGCCUCACUGGGGCCCUCUUAUGGCUGGAGCAACAGCCCGGUUCUGGGCUGUAACAUUAGUUAGUCCACUUGAGCUGAUACGUACAAAAAUGCAGUCCAAGAAAGUUAGUUACCAAGAGAUGCGUCAAGCAUUGAAGAGCUUACUUCAGUACCAUGGCAUACGGGGCCUGUUUAAAGGUUUGGGCUCAACCCUACUCCGAGAUGUUCCAUUCUCAGGUAUAUACUGGUUCCACUAUGAGAAGAUCAAGGGAAUUUUAUCACCAGGUGUUCCUUCAUUUGGUGUCAGUUUUGUUGCUGGGGCAGCUGCAGGCUCCAUUGCAUCAGUUGCAACCAACCCUUUUGAUGUUGUGAAGACACAUCAGCAGAUAGAGCUAGGUGAGAAGGAGAUAUAUUCAGAACCUCCUAGCCAAGGCAGAUCCAUGCUCAAGACAUUGCAGAAUAUCUACAGUCGCAAUGGAAUUAGUGGACUGUUCACUGGCCUUACACCACGACUUGUCAAGGUGGCACCAGCCUGUGCUAUCAUGAUCUCUACCUUUGAGUAUGGCAAAUACUAUUUUCACAGAUAUAACAGCCGAAAUCGUCACAAGACCAUCUCUCCGUUCUAGGAAGUAAAUAUGUUUGUGCAAACAUUUUUGAUGGCCAUAUUCAUGAAUUAAAUAUUGGCUAUGGCCAUAUUCAGUUUCAAAUAAUAUUUGGGUGAGGAUGUUCCAAAGUAUAUAUGCAACCAUUGAACACGUGAAGAAACAUUUAGAGAUAUACUUAUUCACAGUACACAAACAGAUAUCCCUGUACUUGAACGAAACUUGAGAACACCUUGGAUAUGGUUAUUUUUUGCUGUUUGACACUGAUGAUCAUUGCUAGUGGCCAUAUUCGAUGAUCACUGUUUUAUGCUCUUACCAUUGAAGUAGGUACAGGAAUGUGUGUAGGUAGUCACUGCACUGUGAUUUUACCCAUUUGCCCAGAAGAGGUAAGGAAAUCCCAUGGUGUUUCAUCUGCUUUUGUACAUUUUAUGUGGUUGGUGAGUUGCAUAAAUAAACCACACUGAGGAGUCAUUUUGUAGACAUAAAUAAGAUUGACAUCAUAAGAAGAAAAUUAAUUCACUGUUUAAAUUAACAUAUUUGGUACAGACUGUUUCUGAAAGUAUGAUUUCAUGACUGCAAAUGAAAAAUAAUACAGUGCUGAUUGAAAGUGGCAUGAAAUUACACUUUUACUUUGAGUUAGAUAUUUGUAAAUAUGGUAUUACACAUUUUUUCAAAGAAACUCUAAUUUUUGCCUCAAGUAUAACAAAAGAGACUUGGUUAGCUGGGAGGACAUGGAGUCCUGAAAUCAAGAAUUUCCAGUAAUGACUGAUAUAAUACUAAAAAGUACAUAAUUGUAAAAAUAAAAUUCUUGAAAAAGAAGAAGCUUUUUUUUUAACUGUGGUAGUACUGUGGUUCCUUGAUAAAAUGUUCAGAGGUUUGCACCAUGCAUAAAGUUAAGAAUUGCGUAUUUACUUCACAUAGUUUCACGGUUUUGUUAGAAGAAAAUGUUUGUGUGUGGGUAGAAUGGAAAAUAUUAUGUGGUACUUAUGGGUUGGUUGAAUAAGUGUGUGUGGAAAAAUGUGCUUCUGCUCAUUACUGUAAUUUUAUUGAUACACAUGGACCUCUGUAGUCUGUAGUUCAGAGGUGUGCAUAUUUCCUCAGUUCCUCCAUACAUAUGCUGUGAUAGUAAUGUAAAGAACGUUUUAGUCCUUAUGAUCAUCUCCGUAGAAUUCCAUAUAGUAAAGAUUAAUAACAGAAUUUGUCAUAUGAUAAUUCUAAAGAGGGAAGAAUAAUUAAUGUUGAUGUCAUGCACUGUCCUUGUCAACUGUUAA